AUGAAGGAGUUUGCGUCGUACGUGGAGGACAUCGGCCGCCCCUACGCGUGGGCGCAGCGACUCGCCGGCCUGCAGUUUCUCGAGACUGGCGCCGCGUCUUCGUCGUCGGGCAAGCCGAGCGCGGCGGUCAGCUCCAGCCACAUCGCGCAGACGAUCAGGGCGCUGCGCAAACGAGUCGAAGCCAGACUAGCACUGCAGCGACAGAUGGCGGGAUUCGAGCGCGCCAUCGUACCGGUGAUGCCUGACAUCGCUAGACUCUUUCCCGCCCGAAUAAUCAGCCGCCUGUUGUCAUGGAAACCGUCGACGUACGAAGAAUUUGUGGUGAGUCUGCUGCGUCUAUUAUAAUAUUUGCGCCUCAAUUUUGGUAACGU